UUUCCACUCUCCUUUAGGAAUUAAGUGAUUUGCAGCGAGAUCCACCUGCCCACUGCUCAGCGGGACCCGUGGGAGAUGACCUGUUCCACUGGCAAGCAACUAUCAUGGGGCCUAAGAUCACCUUCCCUCACAGCACUUCAGGUACAGACUGGUACCCUGGACACAUCUGCUUGGUUAAGUCACACUUCUGUGCCUAUCUCUUUUGUUUUAAACCUUGUGGGCCUGUUGGAAGACUCUCCUUCAUCCCUGGGAAGGAACCAGCUCUUGAGCCGGACAGCGCUUAUCAAGGUGGAGUCUUCUUCCUCACUGUCCACUUCCCCACAGACUAUCCCUUUAAACCACCAAAGAUCGCUUUCACAACAAAAAUUUACCACCCCAAUAUAAACAGUAACGGAAGUAUUUGUCUUGACAUCCUGCGGUCCCAGUGGUCGCCAGCUUUGACUGUAUCAAAAGUUUUAUUGUCCAUAUGUUCUCUGCUCUGUGACCCUAACCCAGACGACCCCCUAGUACCAGAUAUUGCGCAGAUCUAUAAAUCAGACAAGGAAAAAUACAACAGACACGCAAGAGAAUGGACUCAGAAAUAUGCAAUGUAAAACCUUAAAGAACUCUCACUGCACCAGAGUACUGUAAAAUCUAGGUCUUUUUCAACAUUAGCCGUAAAUCCAGCGCUGUUUGCUGUCUCGCUGUACCAUGAACCCUUUGGUUUUUACCCAUUUUAAAUGUGUUUCUGAAGCAAGACAAAAACUUCCAAAAAUACCCUUGCGACUGUGAGGAGAGCAUUUCUCGUUCAUGUGCAUCGAGAAAGACAUUGAUUAUGCUUCCUGAGAUGCUUGGGCCUGCACCUCCAGCCUACAAGAUCUACGGCACAGCUCAAAAGCAACCAAAUUAUUUUUUGCUGAAACUAGAUGUUUUUACAUGAGAAAAUACUGUAAGUGUUGUCUAAGAGGUCGUCACUUUUAUAAAUCUGUAUUCAGGUUUCAUUCUUUGUUAGUUCACUUUAUAAUUUGUAUUUUUUUACUGUAUAGACUAAAUAUAUUCUAUGUAUGUCAGCUCGUUACCCUCCGAGAGUGCCGAAGCCCCAACUGCUGAUAAGGAAAUGACUUAACUGUGUGUCCCCUUAUCCUAGGAUGUUCUGUGGCUCGAUUGCGUAUUUCCUAAACCCCAAAUGAUCUUCACACUGUAACUCUCAGUAUACCGAUUAGGAUGGAGAAACACUUGUUUUGAUUCUGUUAUACUUGACUUAACUUUAUUGCAAUGUGAAGUAAUUGCACUGCUAAGUAGGAAGGUGUAUGACUUUCUUUGUUGCUCCACACUUGAAUUGCUUUCUGUGCAGGCAGUAUUCUACCGACACCUUUUACAGAUCUCACUGUACCUUUUUCCAUUUAAAUAAAAUGCUUUUUCUACUGCU